UGUGUGUAACAUCAUUGUUGAGACCAGAGAGCCUGCUGAUCAGAAGCUACUGAUACAAGGGUUACUGCUGAAGGUCACACACCAAUGAACACACUUUACAGAGGAUGGACUUCUCUAACUGUACAGAGGGGUUCUUCUCCCUGGGCGAUGGGAGUGAAGAGGUUUCUAUAAUCCCCCCAAGUAAGAUCCUCCUCACCUUCACCCUGUCCCUGCUCGCUGUCAUGACAACGGCCAUCAACUCCCUGGUGAUCACAGCCAUCAUCGUAACCAGGAAGUUGCAUCACCCGGCCAACUACCUGAUCUGCUCUCUGGCAGUGACAGACCUGCUGGUGGCCAUCUUGGUCAUGCCCUUCAGCAUCCUCUACAUACAGAGGGAGAGCUGGCAGAUGGGAGAGGCCGUGUGUUACAUGUGGCUGAGUGUUGACAUCACCUGCUGCACCUGUUCCAUCCUCCACCUGGCAGCCAUCGCUCUAGACCGCUACCGGGCCAUCACUGACGCCGUGGAGUAUUCACACAAACGCACUGGACUCCGAGCUGGGAUCACUGUCGGCGUGGUCUGGUUCCUGUCCAUCCUCAUAUCCCUACCCCCUCUCCUGUGGAGGAACCAUGGCGGGGAGCCAGAAGAGAACCAGUGUCUGAUAACUCACCACCACAUCGCCUUUACCCUCUACUCCACCCUGGGAGCCUUCUAUAUCCCCCUGCUCCUCAUCCUCAUCCUAUACUACAAGAUCUACAGAGCAGCUCAGACUCUGUACCUCCGCAGGGGGGCCAGCAGGGCCAGCCGACACUCCUCCAUGGUCAACGGAACCACCCUCCCCUCCUGCCCCCCUGAUGGGGGCCCCGACACCCUGAACCUCCAGGAGAAGUCCUACUCAGACCCCCCCACGGAGGGAGACCGCGUGCGCAUUACCGUAAAGAGUCCCCACAGCGAGUCGAGGCGGGAGCGUGAGUGUUCGUUGAGACGGCAGCGUAUCUCAGGGACCAGGGAGCGACGUGCUGCAUCUACGUUAGGACUGAUACUGGGGGCCUUCGUGGUCUGCUGGCUGCCUUUCUUCCUGAAGGAGGUGAUCYUCAACACGUGUGGCUCCUGCAACACCUCCAUAGAGCUGGCUGACUUCCUCACCUGGCUGGGGUACCUCAACUCCCUCAUCAACCCUCUCAUCUACACUAUCUUCAAUGAGGACUUUAAGAAGGCCUUCCAGAGACUGGUCAGGUGUAGGCAUCGCCUCUGACACGGACGGAGAGGACACACAUGCACACACACACACACACAAACACGUGCACGGCGUUCAGUUCUGAGUUGUGUUGGGCCCGGGAUGGCAUCUGAUUGCCUGAGAUCAGAGACUAUCGACAAGAGACUUUAAAUUAUUAACCGGAGGAAAUGACCUUUAAGACUAUGUCAAGACUAUGAGACACUCCAGCCAGGUCAGUCUAAUGGGACUGGCACAUUGCUGAGGUCUGGAGGGAAGUUAGGAGGACCUCAGAUCCAUAAGAGUCUAUUUAUGGAGAGCCCUGCAAUCAUCAUCUUCUUGUUUGUAUGGGUUAUUGACGUGGCCGGAAUGGUGUUUAAUGACAUUGAAAGGACAAUGUUUAAAUGAACAGACUGAAACAGAUGAGGCGCUAGGGUGAAACUCUGGAUGUACACCAUCGGCCUCGAUCGUUCCAAGGUCUCAGAAAAGCUUAUCAUGGUGUUUCUGUCUGUUCUAUAACUAUCAACCUCCCCAAGCUAGUCUGCUCUGAAA